AAAAAAAAUGUCAAAAUUCAUUUUGCUCAUCUCUGCAUUGUUUCUAAUUCUCACCUUUGUGCAUGCAAAUGUUCCUCUCCGAGGUCUUUCACCACACAAACAACAACCAUGGAUUGGACUUGGAGAUCGUUUACUUCAUACAUUUUUUAGUAAAACUCCAAUGCCUUUAAACAUUACACAAGCCAGAAAUUCAUCCGAUUGGAAUACACCAAUUGAAAAUGGGGCAUGCAUUCCAAAUCUUGGAUAUGGCUUCAUUAAUGAUAGAAUUGUUGUUUAUUAUACAAAAGCUGGUCAACUGGGUGGUUUUGGUGUUAGAGUUCAUGGAGUUUUAAGUCAAUUGGAACAAGCUAGUUUCUGGAAGAGAGUUUCACCUGAUGUUUAUCAAAUUGAAGUUUCUACUCGUGAUCCAGCUUUUGCAUGCUCUGGGCAAUUGGAUACAAAAGGAGGAGUUUUAGGAGAUCGAUUAUUGGUAGCUCCAAAUAGUAAAUUUCCAAUUUCAGUUCCAUUAACAGAAGCUGAAGCAGAUAAGGCACAAUUUACCAAAGGAGGGUGCAUUACGGGCAUGGGUACACAUUGGGGUUUUGACUUGGUUGAACAUCCAAACUUGUCAGGUUACAGUUACACUCUAAUGCCAGUCAUUCCAAUGUACCAUGAUGGUUUCGUCAGUGCAAUCCUAUUCUAUACUCAUCAAUUACAAGAAUUGUGGCCAGUUGGGCAAUGGGAAGGUCCAUUCAUUCCAUCAUUGUUUUGUAAGAAUUUCUGUUCAGAUAAUUGCAUGGAAAAGGAGAGUUCAUUUAGAGUAUUCUCAACCAUGCACUUUUUAUUCCAUGAUGCUAGUUUGAAUAAGUGUGAUGAUAGAUGUCCAUCCAUGAAAAAGAAAUAAAUCUAGUCCAAGUGGGUUAAAUAGCCAUCUGGAGAUAUU